AGAUACUGCAUGCCGCAGCAUGGAUGGACUUCUCCAACUACGUGCGGUCGCUGCUGCGCUGGGCCGAGUCGCCGAGGCGCACUGCCUGCAUGAUGGAGUCUGCGUACGGUGUGAGACGCGUUGGGGAGGUUUUGGCUUUCCCUUUGUGGGGAUUUGGACCGAGACGGCUGGGGAGCGCUACCAUGGCUGCGAGGAGGUUUUUGAACUGCUGGCAUGCAGAGCACUGGAUUCCGGGGCCCUGCAGGCUGUGUUGGACGCCAUCUUUCACCAUGUGCCCAACCUGUGGUGGUGGCGCCUGCGAAGGAUGCCGAUGCGGAGUGGAGUUCUGCCCCUUCUGCGGCGAGUCGGAUGGAGCCGGAUGGAGUCGGAUGCAGACGAGGGAGUUCUAGUGGUGGCGAUAGAGUCCCAAAGCCCACUGAAGGCCGGAACCCAGAGGCGUCCCUGGCUGCCAACAGGUACGACCCAGACCCAUCAGGUCACCGAAGAUCGCCUGGCAGAAUGGCAAAAGCUGCGCCACCUUGCCCAGCAAAAAGUCGCACAUGCUGAUAGCCAAACUAUCAUGAAUGCGAUUCGCACCUGGAAAGAAUUGGCGCACUGUCAAGAGGAUAGAGGGCUCGAGGUCGUCGAAGACUUCGCCACGUUCGUGCAAGAAGGCGCUGACGGCCCAGUGAUGGCCAUUGCGUCGUUGAAGAAGAGGCAGCAGGCGGUGGUGGCUGAGCCGGGUAUGAUCCCAUUCCUGGAGGCGGUCACGGCCGCAGCUGAGCACAACAACCCAGAGUGGAUGGCUUUGUUGGCCAACUGGCUGUGGAGUGGCUUGGAAGAAAGCCAGGCAUUGCCAGGAAGCGACGGGAUGGCAGCCCUUGCUUUGCAGCAGGAAGCUGCUGAGGAGGAAGUUCAGGCCACAGAUGAGAUGGUGGAUGCAGAAGCUUCACAAGCCUGCCAACCAAAGGGGAGCCAGGAUGGGGUGGAAGGAAAGGAAGAGCAUGUGAAGCAAGGCUCCACCAAAUGGGUGGCUUGCGAUAAAGCCAAUGCCAUGACCUUGGGCCAGCCAGUCUACUGUGGCGAAGUGAUUGUGAUUCACUGCAUCGCGGGUCGCCACCGCGCAGCGGGUGCUACAGCUCUGACCCGCGCGGUUCUGAUGGGGGAUACCUUUGAAGAAGCAUCGGCCUGGAUUGCCCAGAGGCGCGACACCGACAUCUCAGGCUUCUGCCGUGACAAGGUGGUGGCAAAGUGGUUACAGGAGACGACCAGGGCCACCGAACGGCGUGACGGCUACUUGGCAAACCAGGACUGGGCUGAAGCCGUGGCCUUGGGGCCGCCCAUGGGGCAGAGUGAACCCCUUUUUGUGCAGGGCAAACAGGGUCACCUGAAACCAGGUGUGUACCCUGCAGCCUUUGCUCAAGAUAGCGUAGGCGAUGUGUGCCAAGACUGUGGCAUGCUGCCGGGUUCUUGGUUGCAAGUGCAUGCUCGCCAUCCAACCGAUCCAUUUGGCUACACCUUGCUGUUCCUUGGCCAAGCACAUAUAGAGGUAGCAUUGGCCAGCACUGAACUAGAGCUGCGGUUGCGCGCUCAUCUGCAAAGUCCGCAGCCAUGCUUUGCCACCGUCGUAGGUGCGAAACGUCUUUUGGAGACCCACGACAGUGGCAACGCAUUCAGCCGAAACAUUGCCUUUGCCAAAGUUCUUCUUGCCCUUUCCAUUGCAGUUCCGCGCAGGGUGUUGUUCCUCAUUGUGCCCGUUGCGCUGCCUUGCUGGCAUCCA